UUACGAAAAUGGCUUAAAAUGUUUUCAAAAACAACACUGAUACUAUUUUUUAUAGAACUCUUGUUAGCGGUUUCAGAGUCCAAUGGAAAGAAAAAUAUCACUCUGAGUUCAACAGAGCAAAAAGUUGAAGAUACAUCAUCGAACAAACGGCAAUUCAUUUCUAAUAUGUUCCCAUGGCAUUACCGCGCAAUGGUCGAGGCAGGAAGCGAAGAGUGUAAUGUCAACAAAGACUGCCCAGCCGGGAGAUUUUGUGACGUCCAUACAUGCAGGGCUUGUCUACACGCUGGAGCAUCGUGUCAUUUCAUUGGGACCUGUUGUGAGGGAUAUGUCUGCCAAUAUGGGCACUGUACCAAGGGUGUGGAGCAAGGUGAGCCGGGUACAUACUGCGAUAGGACAUCGGACUGCCUCGGCAAGGAGUCGUGUUGUGUUCGGGAAAUUUCGGUCAAUCCACAUACGUCUUUGUGCAAGCCACUGCUAAACGAGUUUGAGUCGUGUGGCCCAAUCAAUUUAUUCCAUCAUGUUUAUGACGGUGGUAUGGUGGAACCAGACUGUGGACCAUGUAAGGUUGGACUGCAGUGUAAGAAUGUAGGAAUAAAAGGACUCCAUUUCAUUUGCCUGAAGGAAGAAGAAGACUGACGCUCUCUCUUACCAAAACGUUGAUAAAACGCUUUUUUCUUAGUAAAAGUAACACACUCGACGUAACUAGUUUAUCACUGAAUCCACGAACCAAAUUCUUUAUUUUGAAAAAAAACAAAAUCAAAUGCUAAAUUCUCUCAUUGUCAGCCGCCUUUAUUUUAUCUGAAAAACGGAACGCCCGCGCGUAUAAGCAAACAGUCAGUCAACCAGUCUAUU